AUGACCAUGUCGCAUGGAUCUUUCUCUGGUCAGCAACAGCAGCCCAUAUCUCACAACGCUGGCCGUGCUCCUUUCCCUUACCCCCCUCAUUCCCACUCGCCGCUGCGCCGUGAGGUCCCGCCUGCUCAUUCACCUUACGGUGUCUCGAAUGGACCCUCUCCGGCUCCGUACAUGGGUCCUUACAUGCCGAGUCCUCCACCUCAACGGCCCAACUACACUUCUCCGCAGCCACACUACCCGGCUGGCUUCGGCAUGCCGACCAGCUCCCCUUCUGCUGCCCAAUCUAUGGACACUAAGCAAAUCGAGGAUGACAUUCGACGGGUUUUGAAGCUCGGUAAUACCUCGAGAAUGCCGCCCAGUGGAAUUCAGAGCUCCUUUGCUUAG